AUGGUUUGCUACGACAUUGUCGGCAAAAGCAACGACAAGCCACUAUGGCGACCGUUGGCUCACAAAUUCUCUACCCUCGUUCUCAGAAGACGAUCAAGUAAACGCGAUGCCAGAGACGCCAACGAAAAGGCACAAGAAACACCAGCAAACUUCAAACCACUCGAAGUUCGAUCCAAUGUUCUCGAAGGUCUCCACGUCCCCAAUAGUUGGCUCGUCGAGUCACCCUCGGCCAACUCUCAAGACAAGUUGACACUCCCCGCAAUUAAUCUUUCAGAGUCACAAAAGUCACCACGAUCGCGUGGGUUUGGCCUCUCCAAAGACAAAGAUUCAUCACGACCAUUCUCAAUUGGAGAUAUCUCUGGAUUGUUAAAGACGGAAUCAGAUCGCGCCUCGGCCCUGGCAAGCUUGACUGCUACCGACUCAGCACCCAAAGAACAGAGCGUCCUAGAUCGUGGACGACCGGUCGAAGCUCGGCAUUUAAUACAUCAACCUGUCCGAGGCACAAAGACCAAUCGCAAGUCACUCCCAUUGGAGUUGAUGUUCACAGCUCCAGUACGCAACGAAGGCCAGACCUCCAAUACCCCAGACGAAGACUCUACGACAAAGAUUGACAUCGCUUCUCCUUCGUCCUUCCACGAAUCGUCGCCUUGGGCUGCAGAACACAGGCGACGAUCCACCAUCCGAAUUGUCAGCCGAUCACCUACACGAGCCGAUGAGACAAAGAUUGAUACGAUUUCUACGACUACCACCACUACUACCGACGAACUUGAACGUCGACCCAGCCAAUCGAUCCCCAGAAAGCCCGUCGCUUCAGCCCCCAGCACCACAUCAUCAACAACAUCAGCACCAGAGCCCACACGCACAUCAUCUAUAAGAAGUAACAACACCGAUGCCCCGUCAUAUUCCACGUCAGUCACGAGACUCAAAGCUAAACAACCAUCCAAGCUGAGCGAUCGUCUCUCAUGGAUCAAGAACUUGGAGGAGAAGAACAUCGACAGACCGAACAAGGAUCUGGCCCAACUACCUAAGCGUGCUGGUACCGUCUCGGACAAGCUGGCCAUGUUUGAGAAGAAGAACAUGUCCAGUACGGCAAACAAGCAGCACUUGCUUGCCCCAGCACGCACAUACUCCAGCAGCCACUCGAGCACGCACUCGAGCAGCUACAACUCAGCCCGUGGCCGAGAGAGCAUCUUUUCCACAGACAGCAACGCGGGCGUGUCGUCGACGCGGACCUCGAUUGACACGACGCACCGUACUUCGUCAGUGAUGAGUUACUACGAUGACACCUUUCGACAGAAGCUUGAGUCGCUAGUUGCCCAGGAGCCUGCUGCUACUCAGGAGGAGACUGAAAAGACCGAGGAGACCAAGACUGAAGAGAAGGAAUAA